AUGCGGAUUCAAGAGUUAGCAGAGGAAUUCACCUUGUUCCAACAGCGCAUAGACAACAACAUUGAAGAGAUUCGUCUUCAAGCUACCGAUACCCAGAAUCAGAUCUCCUUGUCUUUAAUGGAGCAUGUUAAUCAUGUGGCAUUAGCUAUUGAGUGCCUAAAAAAGAAUCAAAUUUUUGUGAAGGCUAGCAAGUGUACCUUUGGGGUGGAUACUGUUGAUUACUUGGGGCAUGUGGUUUCAAAGGAGGGUGUCUUUCCUGACCCAAAAAAGAUUGAGGCCAUGAUGCAGUGGCCAGUGCCUAAGUAUCUCAAACAACUCUGUGGUUUCCUUGGCACAACGAGGUACCACCAUAGGUUCGUGAAAGGCUAUGCUUCCUUGGCAUUACCUUUGACAGAUCUGCUAAAAAGUUCAAAGGCCUUUCAUUGGACCGAAGCUGCUAUGGAGGCAUUCCAGAAUCUCAAGGAGUCCAUGACUUCCACACAUAUCUUAGCUCUUCCUAAUUUUGCAGGGCGAUUUAUGGUGGAAACAGAUGCAUCUAACACUGGUAUUGGUGUAAUGCUGUUGCAAAAUGACAAGCCCCUUUCAUUUUUUAACAAGAAGUUGGGAAUACGCAUGUAA